UAAAUGGCGGAAUUGUGAACUAUCAUUGCUCUUUAUUCAGGAAAAUAAAUUUUUAAUAGUUAUUUCAUAGUUAGUUGUUUGAAUGCUACGAUGGACAGAAUACUCAAAGGAAUCAUGAAGUAUAGAAAGUGUCAUCGGGAAGGGAUGGUGAAACAAUUUCAACAAGUCCGAGAUCAUCCCGAGCCGAAAGCAGUAUUCUUUACCUGCAUGGACUCCCGGAUGAUUCCAACUAGAUUUACAGAAACAAACGUUGGAGAUAUGUUUGUCGUCCGAAAUCCCGGUAAUGUUGUUCCACACUCGCAACAUUUUAUGGACGAAUUCACUAUGUGCGAAUCGGCGGCGCUGGAACUUGGUUGCGUGGUAAACGAUAUAAGGCACGUUAUUGUUUGCGGUCAUAGCGAUUGUAAGGCGAUGAAUCUGCUCUACGCUUUGCGGGAUGAGGAAUUUGCGUCAAAAACGAAUAGAAGAAUAUCUCCGUUAAGAGCGUGGCUGUGCGCACAUGCUAGUAGCAGUUUGACCAAAUUUCAGCAUCUCGAAGUCACCGGUUUCCACGAGCCGAUCAUUUUUCAGGCUGAGACACCACUGCGAAAAUUCGUCGCUUACAUCGAUCCGGAAGAUAAGUUCGCUAUCGAGGACAAGUUGUCACAAAUCAAUACAUUGCAACAACUUCAAAAUAUCGCGUCAUACGGAUUCUUGAAGAAACGUUUAGAGAGACACGAUUUGCACAUCCACGCGCUGUGGUUUGAUAUUUAUACCGGAGAUAUUUAUUAUUUCAGCCGAGCCAAUAAAAGAUUUGUGGAGAUAAAUGAAGUAACGGAGCCGUCCUUGCUUAAAGAAAUUAAAAGAUAUUAUUCAUAGAUUUUUUUUGCAAAGGAUUUAUAAUGCCAAUAUCACUAAUAUUUCUAGAAAACAAAUGGUGAAUCGCAAAAAAAUAAUUUAUAUUUUUAUCUACUCCAAUUUGUUUAUAUUUAUUUUGUUUAUAUUUAUAUUUAUUUAGAAGCACAUUGAACUAAUUGUAUAAUAAAUAUAAUUCUUGUAGCAUUACAAUAUAAAUAAUUUAACUGAUUUUAUGAGAGUUAUAUCACAAAGUAUAUAUUGAAAUUUAACUAAAUUAUAUUUUUCAUGGAUUUAUAAUAUAUUAUAAUAUAUAACUAUUUUUUAUAUACAUAUACAUAUAUGCACAUAAAAUUCUAUUUAUGGAAAAUAUAAUAUAUUAUAAAUUAUUUACAAAGAUAUAAAAUCUCUCUUAUGCAAUCAAGUGAGCUUCAUUAUAAUCUUUUUUUUUGAUUUUGUAAUUUACAAUUGUUAUUCCAAUUCAUUCCUAAUUUGAAAAAUGAAAGAUUCAGAAAAAUAUUAAAGAAUCUCAAAUCAAUGGCAAGAACUAUCUAUAGAUGGAUGGACGGCUUCGAACGAAUUAGAGCAUGCCGGUUCCGAAAGAGAAAGCAAAACAACUAAAGAAGCUAUAAGGAAUCAGAAUUACGCAGCGUUGUAUCGUUAUUAAGAUCAGCAACUAUAUGCUUUUUGAUGGGCACAAAAUGUAAACUCAUAAAAUAUAUAUUAUAUUUUUGUAUCAUUAUAUUAUUUAACGUAAGUUUAUUAAAUAUUGUAAGUUUUUUAGAGAAAUUUCGACUAAAUAUAAUAUAAAAUAUAUUGAUAUGACAGUGUCUAUCUGAUGUAAAGACAAAUUUUUAAACUUAUGUUAAAUGUUCCUACCGAUGAAAUACCAAUAGAAUAUUUAAUA